AUGAAGCGACAGUCAAGGAAUGUUCUGUUCGAUCGUUUGCAUCGCGGAGUGGUGUACACCUGUAUGGGACUGACGUUGUACGGCACUUACAUGCUCGGAGUACGUGUCUACCGGUAUUUCACCGUUAUAAAACCAGCACGGCAAGCGGAAGAGCUUAAAAUGCUGGAAGCGGGAGCAGCAAAACAAGCGCCAUCGUUGGACACAGCUCCCACCUUAACGUCGUAG